CUUGGUCUUACCAAUCCGAUUCUUCAUUGAACAGCAACGAAGGAAUUCGCAGAGAGUUCUGAGCGCAGCAAUAGCAGCAAGAAGACUACCAACAAAGAGCAGAGCGACAAAACAGCGGAGAGCAGGAUGGCCACCAGCGGUAUUGUCGAGUCAUUUCCAACGGGCGCACUGGUUCCCAAGGCGGAGACGGGAGUGCUGAACUUCCUGCAGAAGUAUCCGGAGUACGAUGGACGCGACGUCACCAUAGCCAUCUUCGAUUCCGGCGUCGAUCCCCGGGCAACGGGACUGGAGACGCUGUGCGAUGGAAAGACCGUUAAAGUAAUAGAGCGGUACGACUGCUCCGGAUGCGGCGACGUGGACAUGAAGAAGAAGGUGACGCCGGAUGAGAACGGAAACAUAAAGGGCCUGUCCGGAAACUCUCUCAAGCUGAGUCCGGAGCUGAUGGCUCUGAACACAGAUCCGGAGAAGGCGGUGCGGGUGGGCCUCAAGAGCUUCAGCGAUUUGUUGCCCUCCAAGGUGCGGAACAAUAUUGUGGCCCAGGCCAAGCUGAAGCACUGGGACAAGCCACAUAAGACGGCCACUGCAAAUGCCAGCCGCAAGAUUGUUGAAUUUGAGUCACAAAAUCCAGGAGAAGCCUCAAAACUGCCCUGGGAUAAGAAGAUAUUGAAAGAAAAUCUAGACUUUGAGCUGGAGAUGUUGAAUAGCUACGAGAAGGUGUACGGCGACAUUAAGACCUCCUACGACUGCAUCCUUUUUCCCACGGCCGACGGCUGGCUGACAAUCGUCGACACGACGGAGCAGGGCGAUCUGGAUCAGGCUCUGCGCAUUGGCGAGUACUCGCGAACGCACGAGACCCGCAAUGUGGACGACUUUCUUUCCAUAUCGGUGAACGUCCACGACGAGGGCAACGUACUGGAGGUGGUCGGCAUGAGCUCACCCCACGGCACCCACGUAUCGUCUAUUGCCAGCGGCAACCAUAGCUCCCGGGACGUGGAUGGCGUGGCGCCGAAUGCUAAGAUCGUAUCGAUGACCAUCGGUGAUGGUCGACUUGGGUCUAUGGAAACCGGCACGGCACUAGUGCGUGCCAUGACCAAGGUGAUGGAACUAUGUCGCGAUGGCAGACGGAUCGAUGUUAUCAACAUGAGCUAUGGCGAGCAUGCCAAUUGGUCGAAUUCUGGCCGCAUUGGGGAGCUCAUGAACGAGGUUGUCAACAAGUAUGGCGUGGUGUGGGUGGCUUCGGCCGGCAACCAUGGUCCGGCACUUUGCACUGUGGGUACUCCGCCGGACAUCAGCCAGCCCAGUUUGAUCGGAGUGGGCGCGUACGUAUCACCCCAAAUGAUGGAGGCCGAGUAUGCGAUGCGAGAGAAGCUGCCCGGCAACGUGUACACCUGGACAUCGCGAGAUCCCUGCAUCGACGGAGGUCAGGGCGUGACCGUGUGCGCUCCGGGCGGAGCCAUUGCGUCCGUGCCCCAGUUUACUAUGAGCAAGUCCCAGCUAAUGAACGGUACCAGCAUGGCGGCACCUCACGUCGCCGGCGCCGUGGCUCUGCUCAUCUCCGGUCUGAAGCAACAGAACAUCGAGUAUUCGCCGUACAGUAUUAAGCGGGCGAUCAGCGUCACUGCCACCAAGCUGGGCUAUGUGGAUCCCUUUGCUCAGGGCCAUGGCUUGCUCAAUGUCGAGAAGGCAUUCGAGCAUUUGACAGAGCACCGCCAGUCCAAGGAUAAUAUGCUCAGGUUCUCCGUGCGCGUGGGCAACAACGCAGCCAAGGGAAUUCAUUUGCGUCAGGGCGUGCAACGUAACUUCGUCGAUUACAACGUUUUUAUAGAGCCUAUCUUCUACAAUGACAAGGAGGCGGAUCCCAAGGACAAGUUUAACUUCAAUGUACGGCUAAAUCUGAUUGCCUCGCAACCGUGGGUGCAGUGUGGAGCUUUCUUGGAUCUCAGCUAUGGCACCCGCUCCAUUGCCGUGCGCGUCGAUCCCACUGGACUCCAGCCAGGCGUUCACAGCGCUGUGAUUCGGGCUUAUGACACUGACUGCGUGCAGAAGGGCUCUCUCUUUGAGAUUCCUGUCACAGUGGUGCAGCCCCAUGUGCUGGAGUCGGAUCAGAACACACCCGUCUUCGAACCCGCCUCUUCCAAGGGAGACAACAGUGUGGAGUUUCAGCCAAACACCAUUCAAAGAGACUUCAUCCUGGUACCAGAACGUGCUACUUGGGCGGAGCUGCGUAUGCGUAUCACCGAUCCCAAUCGUGGCAAGGACAUUGGAAAGUUCUUUGUACACACGAACCAACUUCUUCCCAAGCAAUCCUGUCGUAAGCUUGAGACUAUGAAGAUCGUAUCUGUUGGCUCGGAAAACGAAUCUGUAAUGGCUUUUAAAGUUAAGUCUGGCAGAAUUCUGGAGCUAUGCAUUGCCAAGUACUGGUCAAACUACGGGCAGAGUCACCUGAAGUACAGCUUGCGUUUUCGCGGCGUGGAAGCGCACAAUCCCAAUGCCUAUGUCAUGCAUGCGGGCAGGGGAAUUCAUAAGCUGGAGAUCGAGGCCCUGGUUGCCGAGGAUGUGCAGCCCCAGUUACAGCUGAAGAAUGCCGAAGUGGUGCUAAAACCGACCGAGGCCAAGAUCUCGCCGCUAAGCGCCACACGAGACGUCAUCCCAGAUGGACGUCAGGUGUAUCAGAACCUGCUGGCCUUUAACUUGAACGUGGCCAAGGCCGCAGAUGUGUCGAUAUACGCACCGAUCUUCAACGACUUGUUGUAUGAAGCGGAGUUUGAGUCACAGAUGUGGAUGCUUUUUGAUGCAAACAAGGCCCUGGUUGCCACCGGCGAUGCCCACUCCCACACUUCCUUCACAAAGCUCGAUAAGGGCGAAUACACAAUUAGACUGCAGGUGCGUCACGAGAAGCGCGACCUGCUGGAGAAGAUCUCGGAGGCAAACCUGGUGGCCUCAUUCAAGCUGACUAACCCGCUCACCCUUGAUUUCUACGAGAACUACAAUCAGUGCAUCGUAGGAGGUCGUAAGUACGUCUCGAGUCCGCUAAGGCUGUCCACUCGGGUGCUGUAUAUCGCUCCUAUUACCCAAGAGCGACUUACGAAGGCCAAUCUGCCCACUCAAUGCGCCUGGCUAAGCGGCAAUCUGGUAUUCCCGCAAGAUGAGGUCGGACGGCGCGUGGCUCAGCAUCCGUUUACUUACAUCCUCAAUCCCGCUGAGAAAAAGGCACACACGAAUGGCUCGAGCAACGGUUCCAGCGCUGCAGGAUCCACAGCUACAGCAGUUACUGUCACCACUGCUAAUGGCGCAAAACCGAAAGCUCCGGCGACUCCACAAGCGGCCACCUCGGUGACCAAUCCUGCGGCCGGCGAUGGAGUUUCUGUUCAGAACGACCCUCCUGUGGACGGCACAGGCAGUCCCGCCUCACCCAAAAAGGGCAAGGCCAAUGCCGACGACUAUGCCGAAAGUUUUCGCGACUUCCAAUGCUCGCAGAUUGUCAAGUGUGAACUGGAAAUGGCAGAGAAAAUCUAUAAUGAUGUGGUGGCUGCCCAUCCCAAGCAUUUGCAAGCAAACCUGCUACUUAUCCAGAACAUCGAGUCCAAUCAGCUGAAGCCGCAACUGCCGCUGACCUUCGUCAAUACUCAAAAGACAUCGCCACCAGAGGCAGGCGAGAGCGCCGACAAGCAAAAGGAGGAUCAAAAGAAACUACGAAGCGCCCUGGAGCGCAUUGUUAAGCUGGCCGACAAAGUGAUCCAGGAGACCGAUGCUGAGGCACUACUCUCCUACUACGGUCUGAAGAACGACACUCGUGCCGAUGCAGCCAAGAUAAAGACCAACAUGGACAAACAGAAAAACACUCUCAUUGAGGCGCAAUGCAAGAAGGGAAUUGCUGUGGCCAAGCUGGCUGUUUUGGACGACUGCAUCAAGGAUAGCCUGGCUGAGAUCAACGAUCUAUAUACCGAGAUUAUCAAGUUCGUGGACGCCAACGACUCCAAGGCCAUCCACUUCGCCCUGUGGCACGCCUAUGCCCAUGGCCACUACGGUCGCAUGUACAAGUACAUGGUGAAGCUGAUCGAGGAGAAGCGCACCCGCGAUCAGUUCGUGGAGCUGGCCGCCAUCAACGGCGCCCUGGGUCACGAGCACAUUCGUACUGUCAUCAACCGUAUGAUGGUCACUGCCUUUCCCAGCAGCUUCCGUUUGUUCUGA